AUGGCCGCUGCUGAGCUCGUGCCAGAUAUGAUCACCGACGUCUUCAACCGACUCGUCAACUCUUGUCACACCAAGUGCAUUUCCUCCAACCCCCUCAACCACCGAUACGCCGAAGGAGACCUUUUGAAGGGCGAGAGUGUGUGCAUUGACAGAUGUACUUCCAAGUUCUUCGAGGUCAACAAACAGGUCGGAGAACGUAUGUCUGCUAUGGGCAACGCCGCCCAGGCCAGUGGAAGCUUCAGCAGAUAA